UCGUUGUUUCCUACCUAUCGAGAAAUAUUUAAAACUCUCUCUCUUUCUCUUUGUCUCUCUCUGUCCGUCUUCGGUAUUAAAUAAAGUCCUUCACUUGCAAUGGUGAUCGAGGCUUAGAGAGAGAGAGAGAGAGAGGGAGAGCGAGCUCAAUGGCCAAGGGCAGCAUUGGAAUUUCUAAAAUUCUCCUGCUACCGCUCCUUCUUCUUGUUCUCGAAACGACGGCGUUCAGCGAGAACCACCAGCUGAAGCAGCAGCAGCGGCGGCCGCGGCAGUACUACAGAAAUGCGUACGCGACGAUGAUGUACAUGGGGACGCCCAGGGACUACGAGUUCUACGUUGCGACACGUGUCAUGAUCAGAUCGCUCUCCAGGCUCCACGUUGCGGCCGAUCUCGUCGUCAUUGCCUCCCCGGACGUCCCCCUCCGUUGGGUUCAGACUCUAGAACAGGAAGAUGGGGCCAAGGUGGUGAGAGUGGAAAAUUUGAAUAAUCCAUAUAGUAACCAGAACAAUUUUGACAAAAGAUUCAAGUUAACACUCAACAAACUCUAUGCGUGGAGCCUAGUGGACUAUGACAGGGUGGUCAUGCUUGAUGCUGACAACCUCUUCCUCCGAAAUGCUGAUGAACUAUUCCAAUGUGGACAAUUCUGUGCAGCUUUCAUCAACCCUUGCAUCUUCCAUACUGGCCUCUUUGUGUUGCAGCCAUCAAUGGAAGUAUUCAAGGACAUGCUUCAUGAGUUGAAAAUUGGAAGAGAUAAUCCAGAUGGUGCAGACCAGGGUUUUAUAGGCGGUUACUUCCCGGACUUGCUUGAUCAGCCCUUGUUCCGUGCACCUCCUAAUGGCUCCAAACUUAAUGGAACCUACAGACUACCUUUGGGCUAUCAAAUGGAUGCUUCUUAUUAUUAUCUCAGAUUGCAUUGGAGUGUACCCUGCGGACCCAACAGCGUAAUCACCUUCCCCGGUGCACCAUGGUUGAAGCCAUGGUAUUGGUGGUCAUGGCCUGUUUUGCCAUUGGGCAUUUCGUGGCAUGCGCAACGCCAACAAACUCUUGGGUAUGGUGCAGAGAUGCCAGUGGUGCUAAUCCAGUCGCUAAUUUAUCUGGGAAUAAUAGCAAUGACACGCCUGGCACGACCAAAUAUAUCCAAGUUGUGCUACAGGCGCUCAGACAAGAGCAUUACCUUAAUACACACCGUCCUCAAGAUGAUAGCAGCAUGGUCGAUUGUAGCUGCGUACGUUGUACCUUUCGUGCUCAUUCCUCACACGAUUCAUCCCCUGCUAGGCUGGAGUUUGUACUUUCUUGGCACUUUUGCACUUUGCUUCAUAGCAAUCAAUGCUCUGUUACUGCCAAUGCUGCCAGUUCUAGCUCUGUGGCUUGGAUUUCUUGGCGUCCUUUUUGUCAUGGCAUUUCCUUGGUAUCCAGAUGGUGUUAUAAGAGCUCUCUCUGUAUUUGCCUAUGCAUUUUGUGCGGCACCAUUCGCAUGGCUGUCAGUGGUUAAGGUCAUGUCAUCUAUUCAAGCCGCAGUUGAAAGGGAAGCUUAUUUUCCGAAAAUUGGGUGAGUCUUCUCCACGUCUGAGCUUUGAACUUUGAAAGCACAUUGCCAACUCCCCAGGAUGAAGUGACGACAAUGACUCAGAGACGGUCUACUUCAACAAAAUUCGGGCAGAAUCGAGGCUGUGCUUUUUUCUUUUGAUAUUUGGGGACAAGGAGAAAAGAGGAAAGGGUCAGAUGGAAGCUUGGUUUUGCAUGAGCUUCCAUUGUUUUUGUACCAUAAACUUCAUUGAUAAAAACUAAAAGGUGCCAGUUCGCAUGGAAAACUGUCUGUAAUUAUAUAAGAUCGCUUUUAUCAGAUUUCUUGCAUGUUUUGGCUCCAACAGUUGAGUGUAACAAUGACAUUACGUUUGCUAAUUUUGACCGAGGAAGGUGACACCAAAA